AUGUACCAGCAUCUCCCGACGGAAUCCGAAGGACGGUGCCAGGCUGGAUGCUUCCGGUUGGGAGUGGCAGAGCGCCUGGCGAAGACCGUCCCUGGCACCUCCUUCUUCCUCUUCGGCUCCGGGGAUCCUGCAGGGCGGGGGCUGGUGGCGAGGAGGAAGGAGGUAGGAUGGUUCCGGCGACCCGUGACCUACCAUGCCCUCGUGCAUGACCUCGGAGGAACGCCCACGGAGAGAUAUGGGCUCACAGGCGUGGGCGCCAUUCCCUUCAUGCUGAACGUGAACGUGACCCUCGACUCGGCGGACGUGGGCCUCGGGCGCCGCGUGGCCCGCGCCCUGAGGGCCACCUCGCCCGGGGGGCUGCCAGGAGUGCAGUCCAUGGCCUUCCCACACGAGGGCCGAGUGGAGGUUGCAUGCAAUGUUGACCUGCUGCCUGCAAGUGAGGCGCCUGCAAACCAUUCGAUGAAAUCCUCCCUGGGUGGGCGGUUCUUCUACACGUCCCCGGAGCAGAUCGAGGCGCGGGUGCUCGAGGCGGCGGGCGGCGUGGGCGUGGCGGGGACGGCGCUGGUCGGAUUCAGCCCGGAGGAGGCGCGUGGGCUGGCCCUGCACGCCCUCGCUCGCGCCCACGACGAGGCCUGGAGGGACGUCGGCUGGAGCAGGAGGAUGUGAUGCUGACUUUCUGGCGGAGGAGGAAUAGGCGGCGGGUCUUCUCUUCUUUUUUUCGCUCUCUGUCUCGGUUUCUCUCUUUCUCUUCUCCUCUGUGUCUCUGUUUCUGUAUAUUUCUCUGCCUGUCUCUGUCUCACACUCUGUGUUUUCCUCUCUUUAUUUUCC